AUGCCUGCAGCUUUCAGCACGUUGGAUGAGGCUCAUGGCUACUGGACUUUACUGCAGAGGUUCAUGGUCCAGUACAUUCCCCUUUUGACUGCGACAACGGCGCAGCUCGCCUUGCCCAAGGUCAAAGACAGGGGCGAACUUAUAGCUAAGCUAUCAAGUGUAAGACAAAACCCACGAAUCGCCAAAUUCUUGGAAGAUUCAAGGUUAUGGCUUCAUCGGUGGUCAGCCUCAUUCAGCCCCCUGCUCCAAGCCGUCUCGGACAAUCAACAGAAUGACUCCCAGUCUUACCUGGCCGCUAUUAAUUUGCACAUCGAGUUCCUCAUCCUCUAUGUGUAUACAUCCAUGCCACGAUACUCUGGCCUCGAAACAGCCAAGGAUCUCACGCCACAGUAUAGCCAGAUCAACGCCAUCGCCGAGACACUAAUUGCGUCUCGUCCCAACUGUGGUUUCGCGAUGGACUCUGGCUGGACUUGGCCGCUCUUUGUAUCUGCUUUCGGGUGUCGAGAUCAAGCCGUCAAGGAAGACGCCAUCCGUAUUCUUGCAAAAUACCCUAUUCGAAAUGCACUACGCGACAGCCGCGUGUUCCGCGCAAUUGCACUCAAGAAUUGGGAAGUUGAGGCGAUGAACGCGAUGGAGGACGAUGAAGACGAGCAGUGGCUGCGGCUCAGAAGGAGAGAAUUGGUGUUCGAAGAUCUUGGUAUGAACAUCAUUUUCCGUUAUGCAGAGAAGAACCCGAUGACUGGGGAGUGGGAUCUUGUCGAGGAGGUAGCGGCCUUUAUGGUGAACGAGGAUGGACAGUUGGAUUGGCACAGACAACCGAUCUCAGAGUCCAUCUCAAUCCUGUCGGGGGUUUGCUAG